UUGAGGCACAAAAAAACAAAACAAACAAACAAAAAAAACUGUUGAUAAAAUGAAGAGAUUAACUAUGUUCAGGGGAUUACACGUGAUUUUCCACUUGUCUGGAUUGUUAACAAAUUACAGUUCAUGUACAUGUUCGUUCUUUUUUAUUUCCUAGAAAUGUUUUCAAACCCCAUCAUUAUAAAGAGUUUUGUUUUUGCUAAAGGAAAAUCUAUAGCAUUAGAAGGCAUAAUGUGAGUGAUAUUUGGUGAUACAUCUGUAAUUGGCUAAAAUGUAGUUGUCUGUUUGGACACAAUGAAAACAAAUUACAACUUUUUAGACGGUCCCUAUCUUGUUUACCACACUACGGUGGACAUUCGGUGGACAUUCGCAGUGCCUGAAGAUGUGGCAAUUUCCGGAAUCUGAUGAGAGGAGAUAGUCUGCCGUAAUUGAUGUGCCAACAUUCUACCAGCUUUGUCCCCCUGUUCAAAGUGGCAGAAGUCCACAAAGACAAUGCAAAGAUCCCCUGACAAGGAAGCCAUUAACAUGACUAGUGUUAAAAGAGGACGGCGAAGUCCAUCUUUUGAUCGACCUAAUAUGAGUGAUUUGAGGAUUGUUCUGCUGGGGAAGAAUAUAACAGAAAACAACAGAGUGGGAAACUUCAUCUUAGGAAGAGUAGCAUUUGAGAGUGAAGCACCUGCUGAUGUCGAGCUGAACAUUGAGAAACACAGAGGGAAACUGAAGGACAGAGACGUCACAGUCAUCAACACUUCUCACCUGCUGAGGCCAAAUCUGUCAAUCACUCAGAUCACACAGGGAGUGAAAGAGUGUGUGAAUCUGUCUGCUUCUGGACCUCAUGUGAUCAUACUUGUGCUGCAGCAGAACGACUUCAGUGACAAUGACAGACAUAGAGUGAAAUAUGUGCUGAAUGAAUUCAGUAAGGAGGCUCUUAAACACACUAUAGUGCUGACUGAUGAGAGAGAGAUACACAAAAACUCUAUACAUCGAUUAAUAAAGGAGUGUGGAGGUGAACAUCUACAGUUUGAUGAAAGAAAAUCAGGAUUGGACUCUGAGAUACUUGAAAGAGUGGAGAAGAUACUCAAAGAAAACCAGGACCAAUUUCUUAUCUCUGACUCGUGUGAGGAAGCAGGAGAAGAAACAUCAGAAGAUGGAGAGAAGAGGAGAUCUGGAGGUUCAGUCACAGCAGAAGAAGAGGAGGAUUUUGAUCACAAAGAUGAUGGAAAAAUCAAACAGAAAAACAAAGAGAAAAAGGAAGUUGCUGUCCAAAGGAAAACCUUGUUGGCAGAGGGUGUCAGUGUUUUGCCAAAGCUGAAUGUGGUUCUGUGUGGGAGUGACAUAAUAUUAAAAUCCUCCAUAUCAAACCUCAUCCUGGACCAGAGAGACAGAAGAUCAGAGCUCAGCUCAGAGUGUGUGAAGCUGGAAGGAGAAGUUCAUGGACGUCUGAUCACUCUGAUUGAGCUUCCAGCUCUAAAUCGACUCUCACAGGAGGAAGUGAUGCGUCAGGCUCUCCGCUGUGUGUCUCUCUGUGAUCCUGGAGUUCAUGUUUUCCUCCUCAUUAUUCCUGACGGUCCACUUACUGAUGAAGACAAGACAGAAACAGAGGAGAUCCAGAAAAUAUUCAGCUCAAAGAUCAACAAUCACAUCAUGAUCCUCAUCAUCCAAAAGUCAGAGCAUGAGACAGAAGAACUGAAUGAAGCAGUGAAGACUAUCAUUGAGUGUUUUGGAGCAAGACAUCAUUUCCUUAAGCCAAACACACAAGCGUCCAUGCUGAUGAAUAAACUGGAGCAGGUGGUGGAAGAAAAUAGUGGAAUUUGUUUCUCCACAGAAACAUUUUUGGAUGCACAAAUAGAGAAAUGUAACACAUUAAACACACAGAUUCAGCAGCAAGAUUCAAGAGAGGAUUCAGAUGAUGUGAGGAUCGUCCUGCUGGGAAAAACUGGAGUUGGGAAGAGUGCAACAGGAAACACAAUCUUAGGGAGAGAAGCAUUUGAAGAAGACGUGUCUCAAGAGUCCAUUACUAGAGAGUGUCAGAGAGAGACGGCUGAGAUCGAUGGCAGACAGAUUACUGUGAUUGACACUCCAGGACUGUUCGAUACUAAACUUAGUCAAGAAGAGAUCCAGAGGGAAAUCAGCAAAUGCAUCUCCAUGAUUCUGCCAGGACCACAUGUGUUUCUGUUAGUGAUCCCAGUGGGACAAUUCACUGAGGAGGCAGCAAACACCAUGAAGAUCAUUCAAGAGACAUUUGGUGAAAACUCAUUAAUGUACACUAUAGUGCUCUUCACCAGAGGAGAUGAUCUGAAGAAGAAGAAGAAGACCAUUGAAGAGUAUCUUGGAAAACCAGGAUCUGCUUUGAUGAACCUCAUCGGACACUGUGGAAACAGAUACCAUGUGUUCAAUAAUAAUGAGACUGGAGUCCGUGAGCAGGUGUCGACAUUACUGCAGAAAAUCAAUGACAUGGUGACAGCAAAUGGAGGGAGUUACUACUCAUCUAAGAUAUUCAGAGAGAUGGAAAGAGAAAAACAAGGAGCACAGAUGAAGAUGCUAAUGGACGAAGUGGAGGAACUGAAGAGAGAGAGAGAAGAACUCCUGGCCAAACAUGAAGAAGAGAAAGAGAAAAUGAAGAUGAAGAUUAAGGAAGAAAGAAAUAAUCAUGAUGCAGAGAAGAAGAGAAGAGAAGAAGAAUUUGAGAAAAAGAGACAGAAAGAACAAAAUGUGUGGGAUGAAUGUUAUCAGAGACUUAAAGAAGAGAGAGAUGAAAUCAAAAGAGAGAAAGAAAAUCUUCAGGCCAAACAUGAAGUAGAGAUAGAAAAGAUGAAGAAGAUGAUGGAGGAAGAAAGACAGAAUCAUGACACAGAGAAGAGGAGAAGAGAAGAAGAAGUCAGAGAGAAUGAAGAACGAUACAAAAAAGAGAUAAAAGAAAAAGAGGAACAAAUGCAGAAACGUCAAGAGGAAAUGCUGAAACAACAUGAGAGACUCACAAAAGAAAUCCAGAAUGAGAAACAUCUGAGAGAAGAACAGUGUAAGAAUUAUGAAGACAAAAUUAAGUUAAUAGAACAACAGAAGAAAGAUGAACUAAUGAGACUAAAACCAGUGGACUAUGAACAUGAGAGAAGAAAAGACAUUGAGAACAUGAAAAUGUGCUGCUCCCAAACAGCCUCUUCUCUACAGAAAGAUAAAACUGGUCAAAACCCGAAGGUUGGACCACAAACAAAUGAACAGCUCGAAGAACUCUAUGACAGACUAGAUCUGACAAAAAGACGUCAAGAUAAAAUGAAGACAGCAGACAUUCUUCAAAUCACCAAGUCAUCAUUUCAGUCUCAUGAACCACAGGAAGAGAAUGAACUGGUGAACUCAUUCCUACAAAAGCUGAUUAACAUGAACUACAGAGCAAGAUACACAGCCAUAAAACACAGAAAGAAAGAAGAUAACAAAGACCGAGCAAACCCUGAUAUUCACCCAAUGGAUGUUCAGAUGGCCGUGUUUCAUUGUGCUGAUGGUUUCCUGAAGCAGCUGAUGGUGACUAAACUCUCACAGUGUCAGUAUUCACUGCCUCUGCUUGUUCUUGAUCCUUUCACACAACAGAUUGAGUUUCCUCUCUGGACAUUUAGACAAAUCAACAAGAGUUGGAAGAAGAAAGACUCCAACAAUGAGAUCAUCAGUCAAACUCAACCGGUCUACAAGGCUGAGACUCCAAUGGUGGCUUUCUUCAGGUUUGGAUCAGUGUCUCCAUCUAAGUCUCAGCUGAUGAACGGCCUCAUCCAUGAGAAACACCAGACGUUCUUCCACAGGAACUGCUCAGGCAGCAGCAGAACCAGAUUACUGAUGGAUGGAGUGGUGGAGAUCGCCUGGUACUGCCCUUCUGGGAAAAAGACUGAUUCAUUUAAUGACUGUGUGGCUUUCUGUAAUCUUCAUGGUGAUGCAGCAGUCAAUGAGAAACAAUAUGAGAUUUUGACCAGUAUGUCUUCAGUAAACGUCCUCUUCUUACCUGAUUUUGGACAGAAGAACCAGUACAAGGGUUUGGUGAGAUCACUCUUCAGAUCUCCUCAGCCUCUCAUUUGUCUGCUCACUGACAGUGACUGUGAUGAAACUGAACUGGGCAAUGGAAAAUUCAUAACUGGUCUUUUGGACAAAAACCAAUCUGAUGUUUCUAAUCAGAUAAGGGAGAUGAUUAGAGUGAGUUUGACUGAGCAGAGAAAGACCUUCAAACUUGAAGAUGUGGCCGAACACACUGGAAUCAGAGUAGAUGAGGAGGAUCCAGAGUGUCAGAGAGGGAAAGAGGCAGCGGUCCAGAUCAUGGGAUUACUGAGAGGAAAAGAUCCAUCAACAGUGAAGGAAACAAACCUGCCCUGUCAGGGGAAACUGUGGCAUGACUGGUGUAAAAUCAACAAAAAGCUGCAUCACCUAGAAGGAGAAAAUCUAGAGGAAGAUAAAAGUACCAAACUGAAGAACAUGAGAGAAAUAAGAGAAAAACAGAUGGAACAAGGAUUAAGUGAGUUUAUGGGGACAUUUAUUGAAACAAUGAAAUCACAGACAGACAAUGAAAAAAACUUUUUCCUCAGAUGGAUGAUGAACCUUUUAGAUGACUUCACUUCAGAGAAGCUCUUUGAUCUUCAUAUGGAGUAUGACAAGAAAUGGCAUGAAGUCUCAGCAAUGAAAAAAAUGCCUGAUAAACUAGAUCAAUUGGAGACUGAACAAACAAACCUGGAAAACAUAUCAGAGCAAAUCAAUAAGACAGGUUUUGGCUUGGAGCACAUCCUGAGAGAGAUUGGUCAGACCUAUGAAUCGUGGUCAUCUUUGAAAAAGAACAAGGAAAACAAUCAGCAGUUUGACUUCUGUUCUCUCCCGAGACUUGCAGCAGACAUGAUGAUCUCUGGAUUUCCCAUGGAGCUGAUGGAUGGAGAUGCUGCUCAUGUUCCUCUCACCUGGGUCACUGCUGUUCUAGAUGAACUUGUUGAGAAACUGAGAGACCAGAAAGUCUUUGUGUUGUCAAUUUUAGGGAUUCAGAGCUCUGGGAAAUCCACCAUGUUGAAUGCCAUGUUUGGACUGCAGUUUGCCGUCAGUGCUGGCAGAUGCACCAGAGGAGCUUUCAUGCAGCUGGUCAAAGUGUCAGAAGAGAUGAAAACAGAGCUGAAGUGUGACUACAUUCUGGUUGUUGAUACUGAAGGACUUCGAGCACCAGAACUGGCUGGAAGGUCAACAACAUCUCGUGACAAUAAAAUUGCCACAUUUGUUGUUGGUCUUGGAAAUAUGACCCUGAUCAACAUCUUUGGAGAAAACCCAUCUGAGAUACAGGACAUUCUUCAGAUUGUUGUUCAGGCCUUCAUGAGGAUGAAGAAUGUCAGACUGAACCCCAGCUGCAUGUUUGUGCAUCAGAAUGUCUCAGAUAUCACAGCUGGAGAGAAAAACAUGGAGGGAAGGAGACGACUGCAGGAGACACUGGAUGAAAUGACAAAACUAGCUGCUAAAGAGGAAGUCUGUGAUGCAGAAGGAUUCAGUGAUGUGAUUAAGUUUGAUGUACAGAAUGAUGUGAAGUAUUUUGCUCAGCUCUGGGAGGGCAGCCCACCCAUGGCACCACCAAACCCAAACUACUGCGAGAACAUUCAAGAACUGAAGGAAAGUGUUUUUACACAUGCUUCAAAAUCAGAUGGCAUAAUGCUGACACACCUGAGAGACCGUGUUAAAGAUCUCUGGGAGGCUUUACUUAAUGAACAAUUUGUGUUCAGCUUCAAAAAUUCCCUGGAAAUCGCAAUAUACAAGAAACUAGAGACUGAAUACAGCAAGUGGACCUGGAGCCUUCGGAGUGCCAUGCUGGAAAUUGAAAACAGACUACACAAUAAAAUAGAAAAUGAAGCAAUUCAUGAUGUUGAGGAAACUGAUCUUCAAACAGAACUAAAUGCCAAAAGUGAAGAAGUGAAAAAGACAAUGUCUGAUUUCUUUAAGAAAGACAGAGAUGCAGCUGUACUGAAUCAGUGGAAAGGUUUCUUUGAGAUAAAAAUCAAACAGCUUCAAGAAAACAUUGUGAGAGAAACUAAGAGGAAAUUAAAUGAGGUUCUUCAGCAGCGUCACCUGAAGAAAAAAGUUUGAUGCUCAGAGGAC